AUGGAUAAAUUUUUUAUUAAGAAACCACGUUAUAGUAGCGAUCUAUCUGUUAGUUCACAUGUAGCUCCAGAAGCUCAAAGAGAGACAAUUACAUCUUCUUCUUCAAAUGUUGAUUGUAUUCUUGGGGUUGGAUCUCUCAAACGGGAUCCCGGAGAAAGAAAACUCAUCUUUGAAUAUGAUUCUAAUAUUCGAGAUGUUGUGAGGAGACAUUAUAUUUUGAUGGGGCCUUAUCAACCAAAACUUCGUGUAUAUCCUAAAACAACAUUUGGGACUAGUAAUCGGCAAUUUGAUCCUGAGUGGUUUAAUGCUCCAAAUUCUGCUUGGUUGGAAUAUAGCAUAGAUGAUGAUGCUAUAUUUUGUUUGUGUUGUUAUCUCUUCAAGAAUGAAUUUGAAAGUCGUGGUAAUGCAGGAAAAUCAUUUACACAAGAUGGCUUUAAGAAUUGGAACCAUGGUCCGGAAAGGAUUCGAUUGCAUGUUGGUGAGGUGAAUAGUAUUCAUAACAAAUGUUUGAAUAUGAUGCUUGAUUUUGCGAAUCAACGUCAAUCAAUUCAAUCUUCUCUUCACAAGCAAAGUGGAAAAACAAAAAGUGAUUAUCGAAUUCGUUUAAAUGCCUCAAUCAAUGUGGUAAGGUUUCUCCUAAGAAAUGGAUUGUCAUUUCGUGGUCAUGAUGAGAGUGAAGAUUCCGAUUACAAAGGUCUUUUUCUUGAACUUUUGAAAUUUCAUGGGGUUAAUCGUCCGGAUGUGGAAAAGGUGAUAUUACAACAUGCUCCAAAAAAUGAUAUGAUGAUUUGUUCAACAAUUCAAAAAGAGAUUGUGGAUGCUUGUACUAAAGAAACAAUUAAAGCUAUCAUCAAAGACUUGGAUGGUGAUUAUUUUGGAAUACUAGUUGAUGAGUCAAAGGACAUUUCACAUAAAGAGCAAAUGGCACUAGUUUUACGAUAUGUUAACAAAAACUGA